AUGGCAUCACAGUUAUAUAGCAGUGUUGAGGCCUUGGAGGGUAGAAAUGUGCUAGGUGAAGAUGUAGAUGUAAUUGACCUUACUGAUGUGAAUGAAGAUGAUGUUGAAGUAUGUGUGUUAGGUAGAGAUGUAAAUGUGGGUUGUGUGAAUGAGCCUAAGGUGUGUCCAAGUGGAGGGACAUUUGGAAAUUUGUCUGAUAUAUUAGGAGAUGAAGAUUUAAACAUGUACGAUGAUGAUGAUGAUGAUGAUGAUGAUGAUGAUGCAAUUUAUGGCCAUGAUGGGAAAAGAAUCAGAAGAGAAGUGGUAGGAGACUGUGGGUUUUAUUACAAACAUACAGCACAUAGACCAUGGCCUGUUGGUUAUAAAGAUCAAUUGGCAAGGGAAAUUGAGGAGAUUGAGAAAAAAGAGAGAGAAGCAACUGAAAAGAGGGAAAGAAAAGAGAUUGAGAACUGGAGGAUAGAAGAAGAAAUAAUUAGAGAGAGUCAAGCUUCAGUUGGGCUUAGUAGGGAUGAAAUUGAGGAAAGAGUAACAGAGAAAGAAGAAAAUGAACAAAAAGAUAGAGAAGAGCAGGUUGCAAGAGAAUAG